AUGCAUGUGUUUGGGUCCCUAGAGACUCCCCUGACCUUAGCCGCGCAGCUGGACGACCCCGUGGAGGUGAUCAAAGCUCUCCGAAACGGCGGGGCCCACCUGGACUUCCGCGCCAAAGACGGGAUGACGGCCCUGCACAAAGCCGCCCGCGCCAGGAGCCUGCUGGCCUUGAAGACCCUGUUGGAGCUUGGCGCAUCCCCGGAUUACAAGGACAGCUACGGCCUCACGCCGCUGUAUCACACUGCGGUGGUCGGGGGCGACCCCUGCUGCUGCGAGCUGCUGCUGCACGAGCACGCGGCCGUGAGCUGCAAGGACGAGAACGGCUGGCACGAGAUCCACCAGGCCUGCAGGUACGGACACGUGCAGCACCUGGAGCACCUGCUCUUCUACGGGGCUGACAUGGGGGCCCAGAACGCCUCGGGGAACACUGCCCUGCACAUCUGCGCCCUCUACAACCAGGACAGCUGUGCCCGCGUGCUGCUGUUUCGGGGUGGAAAUAAGGACUUGAAGAACUACAACAGCCAGACCCCGUUCCAGGUAAGCGGACUCAUCAACCCCCCGAGACGCCGUGUCGUCGCGUUCCCACACAUCCUCUGUGUGUGCUGACACGAGCUCAGCCCUUCCGUCGGGGACGGGGUCUGUGUGUGGAGCUGCGGCCCUAUUUCAGUUUGCCGGUCCACACUGGCUUCCUUCCAGUUAGACCGAACAGCAUCGCUAAUGCAGCGAUGCCUCC